AUGCUAGAAAGCGGAGGGGAACGGAAGGGGGCUGUCUUCCGGGAGCUGGGGGGCGGCUUCCCGGCUGUGGGGCCAGGCAUUGCCUUCCUGUGCUACAAGGGACCCACACUGAAGCAGAGACCCGAGCUCAAGGCCCUGCUAUUCCUGGGCUUCCAGCCUGUGCUCCUGAGGGCAGCCCUGCUUCUGGGUCUUCAUGUGGUGAGAGAGGAGGAUUACUUAGGUUUGCACCGUGAACAAGAGCCUCUGAGGUGGUCCACUGAUACAACCUCUGUGCCCCGUAAGAGGAUUCGCGACACCAGGAGGCCGGCGACGCACCAUCCGGAGCUCCGGGUCUCAGCAGAUGGGGUCUCCCCUCAGCUUGGAGUCAUCAUGUCCCAUCCCAGUGCCCCCCCUCCAUAUGAGGACCGCAGCCCCCUGUACCCUGGCUCUCCGCCCCCAGGGGGCUACGCGCAGCUGUCUGUCAUGCCCAGGGGGUACCCUGCCUACCCACAGCCUGGCUACGGUCACCCAGGUGGCUACCCACAGCCUAUGCCCCCAGUCCACGUGAUGCCCAUGAACUAUGGCCCAGGCCAUAGCUAUGAUGGCGGGGAGAGAGCAGUGAGUGACACUUUUGGAUCUGGAGACUGGGAUAACAGGAAAGUCCGACACGCCUUCAUCCGAAAGGUUUACACCAUCAUCUCCAUCCAGCUGCUCAUCACAGUGGCCAUCAUCGCUGUUUUCACCUUUGUGAAGUUGACGCCGUUUCCCAUGGAACAUCAUCCUGCUGGCCCUCUUACUCUUGCCAUGGGCUACAUGACCGGCACCAUCUCCAGUGUGUAUAACACCAAAGCCGUCAUCAUCGCAGUGAUCGUUACUGCUGUGGUGUCCAUUUCGGUCACCAUCUUCUGCUUCCAGACCAAGGUGGGCUUUACCUCGUGCACAGGCCUCUUCUGUGUCCUGGGAAUAGUGAUGAUGGUGACUGGGCUUAUCACUGCCAUUGUGCUGGCCUUCAAACACAUUUACUGGCUGCACAUGGCCUAUGCUGCUUUGGGGGCCAUUUGCUUCACUUUGUUCCUGGCCUAUGACACACAGCUGGUCCUGGGGAACCGGAAGCACACCAUCAGCCCGGAGGACUACAUCACCGGCGCCCUGCAGAUCUACACAGGUAUCGUCUACAUCUUCACCUUUGUGUUGCAGCUCGUGGGGAGUCGCGACUAA